AUGACAAACUCUGUUGCUGAUUCUAAUACAACUAAACACAUAAAGUUUGACAAAAAUGCAGUGUCUCGUGUAGGCCGUUCAAAUCAAGUUUAUUCAGAACAUACCGGUGCAAGGUUAGUAGCUGGUUGUGUAUGUCUAAACAAGGAAAAAACACGUGUUUUGUUAGUUCAAUCAACAGCCCACAAAUCUAAAUGGGUCUUGCCCAAAGGUGGCGUUGAAAAAGAUGAAUACCCUGAAUUUGCUAAAACUGCAUGUAGAGAAACCUGGGAAGAAGCCGGCGUUUUGGGCACAAUUUCUACAAUUGUGGAUUUGGGGAUUGUACAAGACCUCAGGCCACCCAAACACUGGGGCAAUCCCAAAGCUUUUGAACAACAAGGUAAUGAUAAUAAUGCCACUGCUAAAACCAUUACUGCACCACCCAGGUCUGAAUUUCACUUUUUUGAAAUGAUUGUCGAUGAAUUGGUAGAGAAUUAUCCUGAGCGUGGUGAAAGAAAUAGGAAGUGGUUUAAUUAUGAAGAUGCUUUGAAGGAACUAGAAAGAGCCAAGAGACCUGAAUUGGUAGAAAUUUUAAAAAGAUCAAGUUUAAACGUUUCUAAUCAUUUCUAA